AUGUUCAUACCGACUGCCGGUUACAAGUACCCCCAGAACGGCUAUCGAAAACCUCCUAAUAAGAACAGGCCUACGGUCAUCAAGAAUACCAACUGGCUGAAGAGAGAGAUUGCUGUUUCGGUCCUGAACCAGGAGCUCCCAUUCAGCGCGAUCUGGGAGGCUGAAAAGGCAGCGGACUAUCUGGAAUCCUUCAAUCCACCGGACUUGGAAGCAACCCCAACAAAUGCAGCGGAUUAUCUGCUCCCAGGCGCUACUCCUACCUUGGCAAACAGCUGGCAGCCUUCUAGAGGCCACACGCCGGCGGAGACGGGCCUGCCCUCAGAUGAGGAUGAGGGUCACAUGAUGCGGCGGCGGAAACAGCACUUGCAGGAACACCAGCGAGGGCACGGGCAUGGGCAUGGUCAUGCCCACAAUCAUUAG